AUGAAAGCAAGCAAGGCCAAGGGACAAAGCAGUCGUAAGCCGCCCAGAUCAAAGGCAGCACGCGACGGUCCGACGUCAAGCAAGAACAAGAGAACAACCGACUGCGGCUCAACUUCCCUCGCAUUGCUUCUGCUGGUGGUCGGUUCCGUCGCACUGCACGUCCACAUUGCUCUAGACAAGAACAAUUGGUGGCAACUACACGCUGAUGAGGUGUAUCAGACGUUAGAAGUGGCUCAUAUCGAAUUGUACGGCUACGGUUUUCUACCCUACGAAUUCAGCGGCGUUCCGCCAUCCAACGACACCUCCCGGUCACUAGUGGAACGAGCAAAUGCCGAACGAGGUAUGUACGCAAUGAGGUCGGCCAUCGUUCCGAAAAUAUUCAAAAUGGUAAUUCGGUUCGGCUCUUGGAUUUCUCCAAAUACGCCACCAUACCAGAUAGCCAAGAUGUGUCACAGUGUGUGGACAGGGUUAUUACCAGGAUGUGUCUUUCUCUUUGCUCUGGUGCUUCUCCGCCGUCGACUGGAGGCACUGCUAGCGGCCAGUCUGGUUGCUCUCUCGGAACCGUUGCUGGUGCUCGGAACUCACACACUGAUAAACAGCCUCGUCAGUCCGCCACUAUUCGCCGCCCUGGCAGUGGCAAUAGGUGUGAUUGACCACACUUUGAAAAUUCAAAACUCACUGGACACGCACAAACGAGUAAAAAAGAAAUCUGAUGACACUCGUGAACACUCGACAAUACCGGCUGGUCAUUCCUAUGCAUACACGUUAUGGUGGCUCAACUUGCCUGUAGCAGGAACCAUCAUUGGUAUUCUCUGCUAUGUGAGGAUUGAUGUGUUUCUAUUUGUCGGUGUGCUGCUGGCAAUGCUUUACUCCACCAAACUCUCUCACUUGAUAUCGAGAUUUCGAGCCAUUUUGCCAGUGAUCGUUUCACUCGGAUUGUCCUUCAUUGGUGGAUUCCUAUUGGCAGGCUACUCUGACCGUCUCUUCUACGGUCAGUGGUUCAUCACUCCAAUUCAAUGGUUUAGAUUCAACGUUCAUCUCGACCUGGCCACUGAGAUAUUUGGUGGUCACAGCUGGUUCAUGUAUAUCCAGCGUAUCCUGGUGGAAGAUCCGGUCUUCCUAGUAUUCAUGAUCAUUUCAGUCUAUGGCAGCAUGCACGUUGCAUGCGAAAAAAAGAGUACAAGAAGAGUACACCUUCUCGUUUGUCUCAUUCUCUUGCUACUCGUGUACUCGACAAAAGGCCACAAAGAAGUCCGAUUCCUACACGACUGGAUAGUUCUGGCACUCGUCUUCUGUGCAAACGGUAUCUACACAGUUUCAGAGCAUAUCGCAGACAGACUCAGUCAAGAGAAAAGGCAUCAGAUAGCCCUACUCUUGUCUCUUCUAACCGUAUUCGCAGCCAACUCAUAUUAUCGAUUUCCUUCUGCCAGAGAUGGCUCAAACAAGCGUUGGGCAUACAAGAGAGCCACCGACUCUGGAUAUGUCAAUCUUUGUCUUCAAUGGGUUGGAAAACAAGACGAUUCGACGGGUGUUUUUGUAGACCACGAUGUGUAUGGUUUUGGAGGAUACACAAUUUUACGAAAACGAAUCCCGAUCAUAGCCAAAAUGAAUGCAGAAUUCAGAGAAUGGGACACAGUCACAAGAACUCGUUCGGCCAGUCUCUAUACAGUCAACGGUUUUGUGAACGCUACCUCAUUCGACGAUUUCAGACUGUGGGUCACUGUCCAGAAUGUCCCACGUAUUGUCAAAUACCUGCUAAUGACUCCUCUGUAUAACUACGUCAUUGUCCCGGCCGACCGUCAGUUUGUAGAGGUCGGGUUCAAUGAGGUGAAUCGUUUCGGAUCGGUGCGAGUCCUCGAAAGAGACAAAAGCGAGCAAAUGAAAAGACACUUAUACAACAUGGGCGACAAGCUCAAGUACGGUCUGGACCCAGAUGUUUUAGAAACAGAAGGUCGAACACUCUACUCGUCGGGUUUCUAUGCUCAAGCAUUGGAACGAUUAAAGGCGGCCUUGCAACUGGACCCUAAGCGUGUCCAGUUGCAAGACUUGGUAAAGUCAGCAGAGAUUAAACUCAAUCAACUUCCUCAAGUUGAUUAACAGUCAACUAAGAUAGCAGUUUUUCACAAGUCUUCUACACAAUUUCUGUUUCUAAAAUCCACAAUUCGAAAAAACGCCUAUACUCUAGACCGACAAUAUAAUUUGUAUGUUC